CGUCGCCGCCCCCGCCCGCCGGAGCUUGUUCGCGUCGACUGACCAGAGUCCGCGAAUUCUCCGCUCCGAGCCGGCCCGGUCCACCCCGAUCCCAGCUCUCUGCCCUUUGAGAACACUAAGAAUAAUGUCCCUGCAUCAGUUUUUACUAGAGCCAAUCACCUGUCAUGCCUGGAACAGGGAUCGAACCCAGAUCGCCCUCAGCCCCAAUAAUCAUGAAGUUCACAUCUACAAGAAGAACGGGAGCCAGUGGGUGAAAGCUCAUGAGCUCAAGGAGCACAAUGGACACAUCACAGGCAUCGACUGGGCACCCAAGAGCGACCGCAUUGUCACCUGCGGGGCAGACCGCAAUGCCUACGUCUGGAGUCAGAAGGACGGUGUCUGGAAGCCCACCCUGGUGAUCCUGAGGAUUAACCGGGCAGCCACGUUCGUGAAGUGGUCCCCUCUAGAGAACAAGUUCGCUGUGGGGAGCGGAGCACGACUCAUUUCGGUCUGUUACUUCGAGUCUGAAAAUGACUGGUGGGUGAGCAAGCAUAUUAAGAAGCCGAUCCGCUCCACGGUCCUCAGCCUGGACUGGCAUCCUAACAACGUUUUGCUGGCAGCAGGCUCCUGCGACUUCAAGUGCAGGGUGUUCUCUGCCUACAUUAAAGAAGUGGAUGAAAAGCCAGCCAGUACGCCAUGGGGCAGCAAGAUGCCUUUUGGUCAGUUGAUGUCAGAGUUUGGGGGCAGCGGCUCUGGUGGCUGGGUGCACGGGGUCAGCUUUUCCGCCAGUGGAAGCCGCCUGGCCUGGGUCAGCCACGACAGCACCGUGUCCGUGGCUGAUGCCUCCAAGAGCGUGCAGGCUUCCACUCUGAAGACUGAGUUCCUGCCACUCCUGAGUGUGUCUUUUGUCUCGGAGAAUAGCGUCGUGGCUGCUGGUCACGACUGCUGCCCCAUGCUCUUUAACUACGAUGACCGUGGCUGCUUGACCUUCGUCUCCAAACUGGACAUCCCGAAACAGAGCAUCCAGCGCAACAUGUCAGCCAUGGAGCGCUUCCGCAACAUGGACAAGAGGGCCACCACUGAGGACCGCCACACGGCCCUGGAGACGCUGCACCAGAACAGCAUCACCCAAGUGUCUAUUUAUGAGGUGGACAAGCAAGACUGUCGUAAAUUCUGCACUACUGGCAUCGAUGGAGCCAUGACCAUCUGGGAUUUCAAGACCUUAGAGUCUUCCAUCCAAGGCCUCCGGAUAAUGUGAAGCUGAGCACACCCUCAGGAUUGAUCUAGCAGGACCAGCCUUGACCUUCAGCCUCCUCGACCCCGCUUCAGAAACACUGACAACAUGAAAAUACUGUGUGCAGGAUUGUGCUUGAAUCUAACUGGUGAAACUGGUGUGUGUUUUUUCAAAGCAGCAGUGGCUUUUUGUUUUUGUUGUUUUUUUGGCUGCUUCCACUCCUGACGAAAGCUGCGUCUCUUCAUAGCAUUUAUAUGGGAAAGUUGUUACUUGAGGAGGGGGUGAGGUGUGCAGUGUGUCUGCUAGAGACUGAAAUUAAAAAACCUGAAUGUGAA